AUGCAAUGGAUGAAAGGAUAUAGACGGGGAUGGGGAUGGGAGAACGGGAUAAGAGAACAAAGAGGAGGAAUAAAGGGAAAUAAGAGCGAAAUGCUUUGGAAAUUUCAGAGGAAGCGGAAGAGGUCGGAGGCGAAGCGAGUCGAGAGCCGACUGAAGGACCGUAUUCAACAUCCAGUAGACGAGGAGCAGCAGAGCCCCGGCCAACUUCAACAGAGAGAUACGAGCAGCCAGUCUGCUUCCAGAGGUGCUCAACCGCUAGCAGUUAUCACCGACGAGGAACCCAGUUACUGGUACGCAGCGGCACUACCAACUCAUCGGCCAUCAUCGGGAAUUACAAUAUUCACGAUCUCCGGACGACCUAGGGUUUGUUACCGUCCUGAAGAAUGCACGUAUCAUAGGAGCGAAUCCAUUAGGAGACAUGGUAUUAUUCACAUACCAUCUAUUCCUAUACUAGGUGUCAUGGCACCAAUUAUAUUUCGCCGAAUGUCAUUUGCCAAUUUCACCAGAAAAAUAUACAAUCUGAAUCGAGACGCAAAAUACAUUGGAUUCUACGCUACAACGAAGCCAGUUCUUAUGCUCCGUGAUCCGGAAGUGAUCAAGGCUGUUAUUGUCAAGAAUUUCAAUUCAUUUACCAAUAAUUCCAUUUUCGUUGAUGUUAAUGACUAUGUGCUUUCACAGAAUCUGUUUGGCCUACAAAACAUAAAGUGGCGGCACGUAAAAAACCUACUAUCUCCAUCCUUUACGUCCAGUAAGAUGAAGACUAUGUUUACUUUUAUGUCGAAACAUGCUGCGGAUUUUGUUGAAUUGAUGUCAACACUACCAGCAGAUAAAAGCGACAUUAAUAUAAAAGAUAUUUUUGAUAGAUAUACGAACGAUGUCAUUGCCUUAUCUAAUCCAAGUAUUCAAGUCAAAUUGCGACAAGAGAUAGAUGAGCUCUUGAACGAAUCAGACGGAAAUGUAACUUACGAAGCAAUUAAUAAACUCAAAUAUUUAGAUGCAGUAAUAAAGGAAGCUCUCAGACUUUUUUCACAAUCUUCUUUCACUAUAAACAAGGGCAUGAUUAUUUGGAUUCCGUUGUAUGCGAUUCAUCAUGAUGAAAAAUAUUACGAUAAUGCUGAAGAAUUUCGUCCAGAAAGAUUUUUAAAUAAUAAUCUGGACAAUAAUUAUCGGUCUUCAUUUUAUUUUCCAUUUGGAUUAGGAUCGAGAAUGUGCAUUGACAGAAGAUUCGGUUUGUUGAUGAUAAAAGUCAUACCAUUUCAUUUACUAGCACGAUGUGAACUGAAACAGUGCGCCAAAACUUCGUCAAAAAUUAAAUUCAACGAGAAAAAUCUGCUAAUGAUGCCGAAGGACGGGUUUUGGUUGAAUAUUCAACAUAGAAAUGACAAAAAGCAAAAAGGGACGAAGCUGUCUCAAAAGAGGCUGGUAGAACAUCUUGACAAUGGAUGCGCAUCCACAUCUGACAAAAUUCUGAAGCUACAUAAGCCUACUCCAGAGAAUAGUCAAGGUUUGAUACUAACAAAAAAUAGAUUUCAGUGUUUAGCAGACACAGUAGAAUUGCAUGAUGAUACCUCUUCGCUUGACUCUGAAGAAUUGCACGCAAAUAGCGAUAAUUAA